AUGAAGAUGAAGACGGUUCUUGUGAUCAUAAACACCAUAAUCUUGGCGAUAGGAAACUGUGGAGGUCCUCUAAUGACGCGUCUCUACUUCAUAAACGGUGGAAAACGUAUCUGGUUCUCAAGCUUCCUCCAAACCUCAGGCUCUCCCAUCAUCCUCCUCGCUCUUCUCUUCUCCUUCCUCAUCCGUCACCGUAAACAACAAGAAGAACAAGAAGGAAAGACUACACUUUUCAUCAUGAAACCUCCUCUGUUCUUGGCCUCUGUCUUCAUUGGUCUGCUCAUUGGCUUUGACAAUUACCUCUACGCUUAUGGUUUAGCUUACCUCCCUGUUUCCACUUCUUCUCUCCUCAUCUCCUCUCAACUAGCCUUCACUGCUCUCUUCGCUUUCUUCAUGGUCAAGCAAAGGUUCACACCUUUCACUAUAAACGCCGUCGUUCUCCUCACUCUCGGUGCUGGAAGCCUUGCCCUUCACGCAGACGGUGACAAGCUCGCCAAGGAGACGAACAAGGAGUAUAUAAUCGGGUUUCUAAUGACCGUUGCUGCAGCUGUUCUCUACGCGUUUGUGCUGCCGCUUGUGGAGCUCACUUACAAGAAAGCUAGUCAAAGAAUCAGCUACACUCUUGUGCUUGAGAUGCAGUUGGUCUUGUGCUUUGUCGCCACUUGCUUCUGCCUCGUUGGGAUGGUAGCUGAUGGUGACUUCAAGGAGUUAGGAAGAGAAGCAAGAGAGUUUAAGCUUGGAGGGUCUACGUAUUACUGUGUGGUGGUUGUGUUCACGGCUAUAAUCUGGCAAGGGUUUUUCUUGGGGUCUAUUGGGAUGAUCUUCUGUGCAUCGUCUCUCGUCUCUGGAGUUCUGAUCAGUGCUCUGCUUCCGUUGACAGAGGUCUUGGCUGUCCUCUUCUUCAAGGAGAAGUUUCAGGCGGGGAAAGGUGUAUCUCUGUUCCUUUCCCUUUGGGGCUUCGUUUCUUACUUUUACGGACAGUUUAAAACUGAGAAGAAGAGUCAGACUCAGGAGGAACAACAGUCUCAGCUGCCAGUUACUGAUUCUGUAGCUUAA